AUGCUGCAGAUCGUCUUCCUGAACGUUCUGAGACAGAUUAUAAACCUGCAACACAAGGCAGUACUGCAACCUGCAACACAACAGACUUUAGGACCUCACCCCUCCGACCUCACCCCUCCGAACUCACCCCUCCGAACUCACACCUCACGGACUUCACACCUCACGGACCUCACACCUCACGAACUCACCCCUCCGAACUCACCCCUCCGACCUCACCCCUCCGACCUCACCCCUCCGACCUCACCCCUCCGACCUCACCCUCGGACAUCACCCCUCGACCUCACCCAUCGGACACUCACCCCUCGGAACUCACCCCUCGGACCUCACCCCUCGGACCUCACCCCUCGGACCUCACCCUCGGACCUCACCCUCGGACCUCACCCCUCGGACCUCACCCCUCGGAACUCACCCCUCGGAACUCACCCCUCGGAACUCACCCUCGGAACUCACCCCUCGGAACUCACCCCUCGGACCUCACCCAUCGGACCUCACCCCUCCGACCUCACCCAUCGGACCUCACCCAUCGUACCUCACCCCUCGGAACUCACCCCUCGGAACUCACCCCUCCGACCUCACCCCUCCGACCUCACCCCUCCGACCUCACCCAUCGGACCUCACCCCUCCGAACUCACACCUCACGGACCUCACACCUCACGGACCUCACACCUCGAGGACCUCACACCUCCCCCCUCCGACCUCACGGACCUCACCCCUCCGACCUCACCCCUCCGGCGCAAACCCUGA